AUGGAUCAACGAUUUUCAUUAAGCUAUGACUCAAUUUCAUCAAUACCAAAUCUUAUAAUUUCAAAUCAAUUUAGUAUAUUAAAAGAAAAAGUUUAUAGAAAUUGUAGAUACUUACAAUUUGAUUUAAAGAGUGGACAAUUGGGAAUCAAUUAUUUAAAACUAUUAUUCGAAAAUGUUAAAGAUGAUUAUAAAUUCUAUAGAAACUUUUUUAAAAAUGAUAAUCAUUAUUAUGAAUCCCAAGACAUUAUAUCAUUUGCAUUAAUUUUAUCAAAGAAUUUACAAAUUUAUAAAUUGUAUAUCAAAGAAUUCAAUUAUGAACCAACAAAAUUAGAUCUUUUAUUUUCGAUUAUAUCUGGUUCAAAUAAAUUCAUUAAAUAUCUAUUUGAAUUAAAUCCACCACCAAUUUCAGAAUUAGCUCCUAAAUGUUUAAUUGAAAAUAUUUUAAUAAUAUUUUUAGAGGGUGAACAAGAUCAGAUCAAUAGAUCAAGAAAAGAAGCUUUUCCUUCUAUUAAAAAAGAUGAUAUUUUCAAAGGACUACUUUGUUAUUUAAAUAUCAUUAACAAUAAUAAUGAUGAUGAUUUCAGUUGUAGUUUAAAUUAUAAUGAAUUAAUAAAUGAUAAAACUGAAAAUGAUUUAUACGAAAUUAAUGAAAACUCAACAUUAAAAAGAUUAAUCACAAUUUGUAUUUUUUCAAUAAAAACAAAAACAUCAUCAGAAGAAGAAAAAGAUGCAACAAAAACAUCAAAAACAUCAAAUGAAUCAUUUAAAUCAGUUCCAACAAUUCAAGAAAUUGAAAAUUUUAAAGAAAAAGUUGGUAAAGAAAGAUUAAAAUCAAUUUUACAAGAUCCGAUCAAUUAUAAUUAUAAAAGGGAUGACAAUAAUGAAAUUAAAAAUUUUAUAAAGAAACUUUUAUAUUUUUAUUUUUCAACAUUUAAAAAAACAUCAAGUAUUUUAUAUUACUGUUAUUUUGAUGAUAAAGAUUAUGGUGAUGAUAUAGCCCAUACUCCUACCAAUUUCAUUCUUCCUACACCAAAGAUUGAAUUUGCUUUUAGAUUUGGAAAUUUUAAAAUUUUAGAAUCAUUCAAAACAAUUGAUUUUUAUCAAAUUCUGCCAACUAUUCAUUUUGAUAAAAAUAAUUAA